GUGUUCGUGAACUACCGGGCGCGACGCUCGGAGAUCUCGAGUGUCAUGACGCCGGAAACACCGAUCGGUGAUGUUUGGGAUGUGAAGACUGCAGCUGUGCCACUGGCCGGCGUCGGCCGCAUGAAGGAGAACCCUGUGGAUCCGAAAAUCAACGAGCACUACCUUUGGCAUGGCUGCAAGCCAGAAGGAGCUGAGGGCAUCACUGAUGCCAACUUCGACUUGACCCGUGCGGGGACAGCAUUCGGCUCACUCUUCGGACCAGGCAUUUACCUGGCUGAAAGCUGUAUGAAAGCCGACGAGUACACACAACCGGAUCACCGGGGUUACUUUCCUCUGCUGCUGUGCCGGGUGGUGCUGGGGAACGUCCUCUACUGUGAUCACCCCUCACCGGUGUCUAUCAGUUCCGACCUGGUGGCUGCCUGUGGCGAGCGAGGAGGCUACCACAGCAUCCUGGGAGACCGGGAGAAGGUUAAUGGAACCUUCCGCGAGUUCAUAGUCUUCGACAACCACCAGGUGUAUCCUGAGUACAUCGUUUGGUACCGCCGAGUUUUUUAG